UACAGUGAGAAAGUAUAACAUUGCCAGGUUUACAAACAGCGGACUUGUUUCGGACAUGGAUAUAUGAUCGUAAAUUUGACAAACGGAUAAAGCGUUAGCUUUGCGGAUAUAACGUUGGACCAAUGAGUUUAUAACAAUCUGGAACGUAAGAAUACUUUCCCUCAGAAGGGAACUGGACUGCCUUAAUGCAACUUUUUUGGAAAGAGACCAAGAGCAUCUUUUCGGAGCACAACAAGAAAUCCAAUAACGGUGACACCACGCUUUUUCCGGGAACUGUUGGUUUCUCGGUCUCUCUCGGCCCCGUUGGGGAGAUGUACCAAGGGUUUCCAGGUGACCUUGAUACCGGUUCCCCUGGAAGUUCGUCUCCAUCUAUUGAGUCUCAGUAUCUUUCAUCGGUGGACUCCUUCGGGAGCCCGCCGACCACCAGUGCCCCACAGGAUUGCGUGUCCACUGGAGGCGGUGUUGGAGGAGUGGGCAGUGGGCCUGGGGGUAGCAUUGGAGGGGUGGAGAUGCCUGGCUCCUUUGUGCCCACUGUCACAGCCAUCACCACCAGCCAGGACCUGCAGUGGAUGGUGCAGCCAACUCUCAUCUCUUCCCAGGCCUCUGGGCAGAGUGGUGCAGGGACCUCCAGCAUGACUCAGCCUGGGUCCCUGGUGGAUCCAUAUGACCUGCCUGGAACGAGCUACUCCGUUGGUUCUGGGUUCACUCCCCCUAGGUGUGGCACCCCGGGUCCUGGAUCAGCCCCGGGACCUGUCCGCCAGUCCAGAACCCGCAGCCGGCGCACACGGGACGAGUCUGUGAGUGACGAUGGAGAUGUUGGUGUGUUUCUGACACCUGAGGAAGAGGACAAGAGACGUGUCCGCCGUGAGAGGAACAAGCUAGCUGCUGCCAAGUGUCGGAACCGACGGCGUGAACUCACCGACAGACUGCAGUCGGAGACUGACAUUCUCGAAGAGGAGAAAGCAGAACUGGAGGCAGAGAUCUCAGAGUUGCACAAGGAGAAAGAGCGCUUGGAGUUUGUCCUGGUGGCCCAUCAGCCCGGCUGUAAGAUCCCCUACCAGGAGCAGCAGGCCCCUGCCCCCCAGCAGGCCCCUGCCCCCCAGCUCCCCCCGGCCCCAUCCCAGUUCCCUCCCCAGGCUCUACAGCCAGUCUCCAUCCUGGGCUUGACUGUGAAGGAGGACACUUUCUACCUGCCUCCAGCCUACUCCUCGCACCCUUCCACCUCCACGCAGCCACAGCAGCAAGUUCAGCCGCAGCCUCAGCAGCAAGUUCAGCCGCAGCUCCAGCAGCCUGGGAUGAUGCAGGAGGUAGCCUUUUCUAGUUCUUUCUAUGGCUCGAGCGAGCCGGCGCCGGGCGGGCCGUGCCUGGUGGCCUGUGACGGUGGUGGUGGUAACCGUGGUGGUGCGGCCGCCGGCAGCUACAACCACUCAUACACAUCCUCAUUUGUGUUCACCUACCCAGAGGGAGCCUGCGGGGUCAGGGCUAACCAGAGGAACAGCAGCAGCGAGCAGUCAUCCGAUUCUCUGAACUCCCCUUCGCUGCUGGCACUUUGACUGACCGACACAGACAUGCACACAGCAGUCACACAAACCUACACCAGAGGUUGAGGCAGAACAUUUGACGAACACCUUCUUGUCCGUCAGAAUGCUAAAAAAGUCUCUUACAGAACAUUGAAUUGGCUUACGCACACGUGUUGAGACACACACACACACACACAGACAAGACUUGAAAUCAAACCAGUGUCAACCAUUUUGAGUUUAGAUUAUCCAUAUUGACUUGUGGUUCUUAUGAAGUCCCGACUAUAUAUUGCCGAAUACAAAUUUUAAGUGAAUUCAAAUUGAGUCACAAAGCCUGGGCUCUGAAUGGUCAGUUGAUUGAUAAAAAAAUCCUCUGACUGAAUACCCAGAUUCAUUCACAAUGAAUAUUUUAACGUCUUUUAAUGUACGUGUACAGUACAUACAGUAAAUGGUCAUGCUCACCCCGUUAUCUCUAAAGCUGAUUUAUCCUCCCCUCGUUCCCUCUGUUGGUCAUCCCUCCCUCACUGCCCCUGCUCUCAUUUUUCCCAUCCUUCUCUUCAUGUUGAAUGUAAUUGUGCAAGCUGAAUAAGAGAAGAAGAACUCUUGGUUUGGGGUCUUUUUUGGGGGUCUGUUGCUCCCCCCUCCCUCCUCAUCCCCUCAGCUCCUCCUGCUUCUUCAUUGGCUGGGACUUGGAAAGUAGAUCCCGCUCUGUGCAGACUGGGCUCUCUCGCUCGAGUCUCUCUCUUUUUCCUGACUUCUCGUGCCAACUCCUCGUCCAUCUCCCCAUCUCUGUUUCUCUCCUCUUUUUUUUAUGUGUCCCUCUCUCUGAAGUCUUCGACCCCCGAGCGCCCGAGGACACCCACCAGCCCCUGGGACCUUGACUGAGUGCCAGCCCACCUCACACGCCCCUCGCCCCCCCCCCCCCCCUACACACGGACGCACCCCCCCUAGAGAGGAGCCCUGAAGUGUUUCACUGAAAGCAGAUCUUUAAAACGAAACCAAGAAGGAACGUCCAUCACGCACACAUGCAUCUACAAAUGUUAGGAGAACAUGUUAAACGAAACGAAAAAACCACAAAUGCAGGGCAGAUGCCACUCUGUUCCUUCUCUUCCUGAGCCAUUGAUGUUAAAAAGUUGGUGGUGAGAGGGAACCUGUAAUGUGAUGGUGAGUUGAGAAUGGAACCAGUGAGGGAGGGAGUAAAGAGGUUAUGCUGAGGCAAAGAGACCCAGUGAGAGUGUCUAACUCUCAGGCAGAGAGAGUGGAGAAUUCCCUUUUUGGGGCCUGACCAUGGAGCUCUGAACAUUAUACCAAGCAAAAAAAGAAAUCCUGCUCUUGCCAACUGUGUAGAUGGGACACCUCUUACUCUUAGCCUGUGUGAUACCGAUCUCCCAACCGCCAAGCCUCAUUGCUCCAGGACCACCCCCCAUAAUCACAAAAUCGCUUGUAAGUCUAUCGAUGUCCAAUUACAGCUUGAACAAUGUUAUAAACCCUUCUGUUAUCACAAAGUAUUUUCCGUUGUCGUUUGGUUAUAUGUACAGUGUAAGUGUUAGCUUUGACAGCUAAAACAAGGAAACCUUGUUGGAUU